GAACGAGACGAAAUUGUACCACCAAUACCAGAGGAUAGUUUAGAAGAAUGGGUACCACCAACUGCUAGGAACUACACGAGUAGUCCCCGAAAGAUAAUUAUCCCGGAUGGAUACGAAUUCCAUCGUAUCAAACAUUCAAGUUUACUACGGAACUCGGGAACUUCUGUAUUACCAACUAAAUAUUACACCGCGGAUGUUUCUGGCAACACUGUUACUGUCACUUUGAACUUUCCAACCUGGUCAAGUACACAUGUGGGUCCAUUCUUUGCCAGUUUCAUCAAACCUGGAACUAAAAGGGAGAAGGUUUUAAAGUUUUUGACUUUAUCUCCAAGUGGCAUGACUAUAACACCAAAAUCAAUAGAAUUGCUUCACGGACAGCGUGUCAAUAGUACUGUGGUGCCUUUUAAAUGCAAUCGAUGUAGGCUAUUGAAUCUUAUGGUGCGAGCUUCAGACGGCAACGUAUACAAUGUUGACAACUCUAGGCAUAGAGUUAAAGAAUUCAUUGACAGAGAGGGCAAGCCACGACAAUUCCUUGAAAUUGAUCUAGAAGGUAUGAAGCCUCAAGACUUUGGUGAUUAUUUUCUUGUCAUACAAAAUGGCGAUGGCCUUGAAGAGAGAGUUAAAGGACUCACGGUUCUAUCUCCGGAAAAUGAUGUUGAAAAUGUGAUCGACUGUCCACGUCUGACCGCGUCAUUUGAAGUGGGAGGUCAUUUUGAUCGCACAAUGCAAUACACUUGUGACGAUUGUCAGAUAACUGAUAUAUUAUGCAAUGGAGAGAGCGUGUUAGCAGCAGGACGGGUGUCAAUCAUCAGAGUAUCAAAGAUGAUAAGCUUUAACUUUCCCAGGUAUGAAGAUAAUCAUUCGUGUGUUUACAUGGGUUUCUUCAAAUCAAAGGAUAAAGUUUUCAAGAAGAUUUUAGCUGUUAUUGACAAUGAUGCUCAAGGUGUUACCGUACAGUUCCAAACAGUAGCUCCACCGCCUCUUGGUCAACAGUUUGAACAAGAAAUAACAUAUGUUUGUGACGAUUGUACUGUUAGUAAGGUGUUUGUUAACGGCAUUCCAGUGCCAACUUCAACACGGAGAAGUACCACUGGGUCGGUUGCCUUUUUUUUUGUAAGUAUAAUAUGA